AUGACCGAGUCGGCCCCGUACCAGAGAGACGACAGGCUCGGCGCAGAGCUGUCGCGCGACGCGCCCUCGGGCCAGGUCAACGACCCGUCCUACAAGACGCGCGGGACCGAGGCCGUCCCCGUGGUGGACGACGACGCGCCGAUCGACGACCCCCUGAAGCCUGGCAGCGCAGACUCGGACAGGCAGCUCGAGCAAGACGAGCGAGAAGCCGUUGACAAAGGCAACGUCUUGAAGGAGCGGACUCGCAAGGCAAAGCCGACGGGUACCUAUGCUGAGCCGUCGGAUGCGCAGAUGGGGUUGAGGGAGGAGCGAUAA